AAUGGCAAAAGAAAAGGGAAAAACUUCAAUGCCAAGAAUGCUUUGUUGUGAAAUUUAAGUGACAAAUGAGAACCAGAAAAACCCUAUCUCUAAUAUGAUACCAACUUUAGUCCCAAUUUUUAUUAGGAAGUAGGAAGCAACUGUCAUAACUGUCACUGUAUUUGGAAGAACACUCUCCCUUCCAAUUUCAAUGGCACUUUGCAGUUUCUCUGCUUCAAUUUCAUUGCGCAAACAUCAUCAUCCUCUCAUAUCAACCCUUCCAACCCUCCCCAGAAAGAAAAAUUUCCUACGCACCUGCCGAUCAAGCAGUGAACCCAAUGAGGAUUAUUUUUUGGAUGCUCCAGUUUCAGUUGGAGAUGGGUUUUCUUUCAGUGGAGGGAAAUAUUCAGAUGAGCCAAGCCCUGCUGAUGAAUGGUUCAAGCAAGGAAAGAUUGUGAAAGCACACCCUGUUGGUGGCACUGGUGAGAAGGCGAAGGAUCCGAUUUUUGGACUUGCUAUGGCGGGUUCUUCGCAGGCCUCGACUGAUCUGUUUAGAUGGUUUUGCGUUGAAAGUGGAAGCUCUGCCAAUCCUCCGGUUGUUCUAAUUCAUGGUUUUCCAUCUCAGGCAUAUUCAUAUCGCAAAGUUCUACCAAUUCUCUCUAAGAAUAAUCAUGCUAUUGCUUUUGAUUGGCUAGGAUUUGGAUUUUCAGACAAGCCUCAACCGAAGUACGGAUUUGACUACACUUUGAAAGAAUAUGUGGAGUCCUUGGAAUCUGUCAUCAGUGAGUUCUCAAAGGAUAAGGUUACUCUUGUUGUCCAGGGAUAUUUUGCACCUGUUGUUGUCAAAUAUGCUAAAGAUCAUCAGGAAAAGCUUAAUGAUCUCAUUCUACUCAAUCCUCCACUGACAGCAAAACAUGCCAACCUCCCAUCAACGCUUUCUAUAUUCAGCAACUUUUUGUUGGGAGAAAUUUUUUCUCAGGAUCCUUUAAGAGCCAGUGAUAAAGCCUUGACAAGCUGUGGCCCUUAUAAGAUAAAGGAAGACGUUGCAAUGGUUUAUAGAAGACCAUACCUCUCCUCCGGUUCUGCUGGUUUCGCUCUCAAUGCAAUUAGUAGGUCGAUGAAAAAGGAACUAAAGGGAUUUGUUGAAGAGAUGAGAAGAACACUUACGGAUGAGAAUUGGAAAGUCCAAACAACUGUUUGCUGGGGUCAAAGAGACCGCUGGCUGAGCUUUGAAGGUGUCGAAGAUUUCUGCAAACAAUCCAACCUUCAACUGAUCACACUUCCAAUGGCUGGGCAUCAUGUGCAGGAGGAUUGCAGCGAGGAAGUAGGGAACUUGAUUGCUGGAAUCGUAAGCAAAAGAAGGCGUAUAUGAUACUAUUCCGCGAAUGCUAUGUGAUUUUCAGGCAUCAAAUUUAGUACAUAUCAAUGAUGGCGAGCACGAAAAUGCAAGUAAAACCAUUUGUACCAUCUUCUUUCAAGUUGGACACAAAUUGCAGCUUCUCAUUCCCAGUUCAAUAUGCUCCCAGGAAUGAGUUACUUUUCAGUUGUCGGAUUUGGGGUGUUUGGGUGAACUUAUAAACUUUUUAACAUAUUUUAUUAAACGUCGAAAAGUGUUUGAUA